UGUUCAUGUUCUUCCAGUUCGCGGGAAAGGGUUGCAACAAGGCGACCACCAAGACAAUCAUAGAUCAAAAUAAUACAAAUCGGUAAAUCGAGACGUUUCUGCUGGACCCGUUAAAAUGCUGUUUCGCGCAAUAGUAGACAGAGGAGUUAGUAAACGAAGGCGCAAUGAUUCAUGUCCUGGAUUCCACUUGACAUCGCUUCUGGACUGCUUCCAGUGUUCCCAGCACGAUGAGCACAUCUCCAAUGGGAAUUUGGGGGAAGCUGUGCCACCGUUUGGAUGUGCCUUCUCGACUGCCAGAGGGAUGCAGGGUGUUCUGGCUGUGGCCAAUGAAGAGGGAAUAGUGAGGCUGUAUAACACCGAAAACCGUAAAAGUCCAGUUCUCAAAGAGUGGAUGGCGCAUGAGAAUGCUGUCUUUGACAUUGCCUGGGUGCCUGGAGAAACAAGCCUGGUUACUGCUUCAGGUGAUCAGCUGGCCAAGCUGUGGGAUGUGAAAUCACAGAACCUUCUUGGCAGCUUCAAGGGGCAUCAGUGCAGCCUCAAGUCGGUGUCUUUCACACAACAGGAGAAAUCUGUGUUUUGCACUGGUGGCAGAGAUGGAAAUAUUAUGAUCUGGGACACCAGGUGCAGCAAAAAAGAUGGUUUCUACAGGCAGGUAAAGCAGAUCAGUGGGGCCCACAACAAGAUGGACACACAUACCCCUUCUAAGAUGAAGAAAAGACGGCUUGGCCAGCACGGCAGAGCUCCUUCUGUAGAUUCCCAACAGAGUGUCACUGUUGUUCUGUUUCGUGAUGAACACACCCUCAUCUCCACAGGAGCUGUUGAUGGAAUUAUCAAGAUGUGGGACCUUCGAAAAAACUACACCGCACAUCUCCAUGAUCCUACACCGCUCCUAGCAUACCCUUACCCAGGAGCCAGCACACGGAAGCUAGGUUAUUCAGGACUUGUAUUAGACUCCAGUGGAGCCAACCUGUUCGCAAAUUGCACUGAUGACAACAUCUACAUGUUCAACAUAAGUGGGCUGAAAACUACCCCAGUGGCUCUCUUUACUGGUCACCGUAACUCUUCAUUUUAUGUCAAGUCCGCUGUUAGUCCUGAUGACCAGUUCCUGGCUAGUGGCUCAAGUGACCAUCACACAUACAUAUGGAAGAUCUCAGACCCAAAACAGGCCCCUAUGAUGCUUCAGGGCCAUAGCCAGGAGGUGACCUCGAUUGCAUGGUGCCCCACAGAUUUCACAAAGAUUGCUUCCUGUUCUGACGACAAUACUGUACGGAUCUGGCGUCUGGACAGGGGAAUGGACGGGGCUAAAUCAUCUGUGGGAGAGGCCAAUCUAGUUGGCUGGGCCUGUCCUGGUCCUACCUCCACUGUACCAAGCUCAAGUCCCUUGAACCAGGCAGAGCACACGCCACCUAAGAACCCUAGGACAGAGAAUUUGGGAGGCCUAUCAUCUCCCCAACCUGCUGCCUGUGCUCCAAGUGGUGCCGCUCUGCCCCUGCCGUCCAGUACCAGCUCACCCACACAGGCUCAGGGUGCCAAGGCCAACCGCCCACACCUACGGACGCCCACUUCCAUCAGACAGUGGUGUUCACGCACCGCUCCAAUAGAGCAGGCCAGUCCUCCUCUGCGGCAGGUGCUCAGCCCAUGUCCCCAGAGCCCUGCGCCUGGCACACCACUCUCAGAGAGGAGGGCCAAGCGCAGGCUGGAGACUGGUCCUGGAGAUUUAGGAAGUUGUGGGGGCAUGAGGAACUGUGACUGUGUCACAGAGCUUUACCCCGUAGCCAAGAAAAGCCGGCCACUGGUUGGUGUGUGUUGUGCUCAAGAAGGACCCCAGGCAGGGACAGAGAAGAUAUUGGAAGGAGAAGAUCUCCACAUGGAAGACCAGAAGCCGUUCAGACAGGCAGAUAAGGAGAACAGCUCCCUGGGAGUGGUGGACUGGUUGUCAGUGAUGGGCCGGAAGUUGAAGGAAGGCCCUGGAGGCCCAAGCAGUCCCAAAAGUUCCAGUGCCUCCAAAAGGCAAGAUGGCAGAACACCACCUUCACCGUCGUGUUCCCCAAAUGCCAUGAAGAAGAUAUCCUCUUAUUUCCAGAGAGUGACCCCUAACUGACAACAUGUUCCGGCCUUAAAUCAGUUAGGGAUUAUAUUUUCCUUAAAUGUACAUUCUUUAAACUUUUUGUGCCCAUAUUUAAAUGUGUACCUAUUUUAAUUGGUAUCACAAUUAAACAUAUCAAUAUUUUUUUAAAGACCUCCAUAAUCUUUACAUUCAAUGGACACAAUAUGUGGUAACCAGAAGAUGAGUGGCUCACUCACCAUAGAUGGUCUGAGAUUCCCAUUUCCUUGUUUUGUGCAUGAAUUUUGUAUAUUGGCCUUGAACUUUUACACCAUAUAUUCAUACAUAUGUCAUACAGGGCACUGUCUAUGAUUCACCUGUGCUAAUGUUUGUAAUGUACAUAUUGAUAACUGAUUGUGUAUUGCUUGAACCAAAGCUAUGUUUCAUUGAUUAAACAAGCUAUUUGAUAUUC